CGGGUGUUCUGGGGCGGGGGGGGGGGGGGUGGCUCAGGCCUCUUGGGACCAUGUAACCGUUCUAACAGCUGGAAAGGGAUGAGCUGCGGGCCGUUGCCAGAUUCCAUUUCCAGUGGCAGUUCCUUGCUCUUACUAAGGUUCUCUGAGUGAGCCCUCUACAGGCAAUUGGAAUGGAGCCUCACCAGCACAUCAGUUUCCCUUCCCUUCCACUGCUUCCUGUACCGCCUGGGCCAGGUGAGAUCCAGCAGCCAGGAGCCUGGAACUGGCAAUCAGAGCCUGAUCAGUGGGCGAGGUCAGUCCGACAGCAGUUGAAUGCCCAGCUCCUUUGGGUCUCAGAGCAGAAGGCAGGUCCGUCUCCUGAAGACUCAUCGUCUGAGGACCUUGAAUCUCAGCACUCCAUCUGUGUUCCAGAAGCAGAAGAGCAGCCCCGGGACCAUCACAGGAAACAGAGGCAGUUCCUGAAGGCAGUGACCCAGUCGCAGCACCCCCCAGCGCUGGAGCUCUUGGUGGCAGAGCUCCAAGCUCUGUUCUCGGCUGUGCUGCAGGAUGGCAGCCCUGCAGCUUGGCACUACCUGCAUGCUGUGCUGCGUCAGCUUCCCCCAUAUCGUGCACUAUUUGUUGGUCGCCUUGAUUUACUGCCCUUCCUCGAGCAGCUGUCCAACUGGGCCCCCUGGGUCCAAUCCCAGUUCCAGCUGGACCUGCUAGAUGCCAUAGAGCAGGCCUUUCCCCCAGAUACCUCUUUGUUAGAGGGUACCUCCCAUGUCAAGUGCUGUCCCCAGAAGCAGAAGUUCCACCAUGGGCCGCCACACCCAGCCUGCCCUUUCGUGCAGGCCCUGUGGGGUGGGCAGCAGGUAGGGGAGGAGUUGGCUACAUGGCUGCGACCACUGACACUUCCUGAGCUGCAGCACAGCCUGGGCAUUGUUGGUGCUCAGGUGGCCCUGAAAGAGGCCUGGUGGCUAGAUGGCCUUAGCCUCCUGCCCUUGGCACUGGCGACAGACAUCCCCAUACAAUACGAGAGCAGGGGCACUGAUGACGCAGCGGAGGAACUUGUUGGAAGAAAAGAGACUAAGCCUCAGCUUGGUUCAGAAGUUCCUGGUAAGAAGACUAGAUUCUCACCUCAGACUUCCCUCCUGGGUAGCCAGGUGAUGAACAUUCUGAAGACAGAGAGAUACCUGAAGAAGAUCCACUUCCUCUACCUAAAUGUAGCUCCCAGCCGGUACUUCAGGCCCUAUGACCUGAUGGUGGUGCCACCAAAGAAGGUGAACCCUGAGCACUACAUCUUCUCUCCCUUUGGUGUCCUGCACAUACAUCCGGUGGAGGGCAGUGAGACAAUGACACUGGGGACUUGGCACCGCCACUCUGUCCUUUGGCAGCAGCUCCAGUUCAUUCCAUUCUUCAAAUAUUGCCUCUUAUAUAAGGCCUUGGCCCGUUGGAAGAGGAGUAUGACAUUACAGCGGCUGCACCGGUGCCGUACUUUCCUCGGGAAGCAUCUACUCUUGGCUGUGCCCCACUUUGGAGCUGGGCUUCUGCAUAUUAGCAGGCUUCUGCAGGAGCUUCGCUCUGUACCCUGGCUCCCCCAAGACCGAGAUCGAUGCUACGAGCUGCUGGACCUGCAACAGGCUCUAGCCAAGGAGAAUCACAAGGCUCUGCGGCUGCUUUGUCGCUGCCUGCACCUGUGCACAUCCAUCCUGCAACUGGUUCACGAGGAUACGUAUCACAUGCAACAAGGCCUGCAGGAGCGAGUGAAAAACUGCAAGAGGAUCAGGACGGACCAACGCUCCGUCUACCUUCAGAGGGUACAGUGCCAACAGCUGGAGCAGAAGCUGAAGCAGGCAGAGGCCUGGUUGCUGCGGCUGGGACAGUUGGCGCGCCUCAUACACUACAUGAUUUGCCAGAGCCUUGUGUCUAUCGUAGAGGAGGAGAUAACCUCCUUUGUGGCCAACAUCCUACAACCCCCAAGGAAGAAACCCUUUCUCUCAGCCCAGCUGGUCUUUGACAGUUGUGGCCAGCUAUCUCCUGAGCCGUGUAUUGAAACUAUGAUCCAGAUUCUAAAUGUGGGCUUGGAGUCUGUCAAGACCUCUGUCCUGAAGGUAAUGCAGUCUACAGACCUGAAGACCCCCUGCCACGCCUUGUAUUCUGAAGAAGAAGAUGAAGAGGAAGAUUCGAACACAGAAUUCGCGAUGCCCAAGCUCCAGGGCCAGCCCAGUGAUGCUGUGCACAUCUUCUGUGGGCCAAAUAUAGGAUUGGUGUGGCCCUGGAAGUCUCACACGAUUACCGAAGCUCUAGAGGUCCGUGGGUACCGGCUGCGGGGCCAGUACCUGCCCCCCAGUUAUAAGCAGCUGCAAGAGGACCUGGACAACAAUCCUCGGAUCCAGCAGGCACUGACUAUGCAACAGGCCUUGCUGGAGGGCAUGCUGCAUGAGGUGAAGGAAUUCUGCAGGGAAUAUCGUUGGAUGACAAGCAUUCACCAGUUCCUGCAGGCCUGGGGGCCCAAGAAGCUGGAGUCCAUGAGAGGGGGUCCUGUCAAGAACUAUGUGAUGCUGGUGAGCUGCCUGAAUCUUUGGCAGACCCGUGUCUCCAACAUCCCUAACAAGCUGGUUACAAAAGGCAGACUGAUGCUGCUGGGCUGCCAUCACAUCCAGUCAGAGAUGGAAUCCAAGUUGGAGAGCAUCAGGAAGGACGUUCUUACCCAUGUGCAGAAUGAGUGCUGGACCCGCAGUCAGCAACUCAUAACAGAGCUCAUGGAUUUCACGGAGGUCUUCCAAACCAUCAACUCAGAUAUUCAUACCAUUGCACAAUGCUCCCAGAAGUUGAACGAGGCCAGUGAGCAGUACAACAUGCUGGAGGAGCAAGUGGAAUACAUCCGGUCACUCCAUGAACUCAUCCGGAACCACUUUAGCAUCUUUAGCGCUGAGAACGAGGCACUGGACAUCUCGGUGAGGAGGCAAUUCCAGAGGUCACUCAUGCCUCCCAGCCCCCCGCCCCCACCUGUUUUGCUUGACUGUGCUCUGCUUGUCCCACAGCUCCUGGAUGUGUGGGAGGCAUUUCAAUUUGAGAAAAGCCAGGCCUCAGAGUUCUUGCUCAGCAAGCAACACGCCAUUGUGCCCAAGCUGAAGCAGCUGAUAGCCGCAGCCCUGGUGGAGCUGGAAGGCCUGAUUGACAAGGCCCUAUCUGGCCCCUUCAUGGACCCCACGCAAGAACAGAGGAGCACUGAGCGCCAGCUCAUCUCUCUGGAGCGUCAGUUCCAGAACACAGCCAGCCACCUCAGUGAGCUGCACCACGCCUAUGCCACCUUCACUGGAGACAAGAGUCCUGUGCCCUUGCCAGUCUGCGGGACCCGUCCGAUUGUGCAGCAGCAGCGCAUCUGGCACCUGUACCGAGUCAUCUCCGAGAACAUCAGCGAAUGGAAGUGCAUGGCUUUUGCCAAGUUCAGCAUGACUAUGGCCCAGGAGAAGACAGAAGGCUGGCUGAUGGAGGCAACCCACAUGAGUACAAGCCUGGAGCUCCACAGCCCAGUCCUGCAGUGUUGUAUACGCAUGGUAGAGGAGUUCCGUAGCUACCUGCCAUUACUGACCAAGCUGGGCAGCCUCCAGCUCCAGAACUUCCAAGCCCUUCUACAAGCCUUAGGGUUAGACAGUCUCUGCAACAUGGAACUCCUAACACUGGGUCAGCUGCUCACUUGUCCACUGCUGGAUUUUGCAGAUCGAAUCAAUCAGAUCUGGCAGUGUGAAAACGAACGAAUCCAUGCACAAGAUACCCUACGGCGGCUACAGCGGGUCUGGGAGGCACGCCAGCUGCGACUCAUCAACUUCAUCCUGCACGUGCCCUAUGAGCCCCCAGGCGGGGAGCGCCCCAAGAAGCAAAUGGUCCGCAGCCCCCAGUGGGAAGUGGUGGGAAAGGACAGUGGCACCUUCAUCCUUUCAGAUUAUGGCAGCCUGCAGGAUUCUAUCCAGGAAAGUCUUCAGGUAUUGUUCAAGAUCCUGGCCAUCCAAAAAUCGGGAGACUUAAACAAAGCAGCUUUGGAGUGGGUGACCAUCAUGCAUAGCCUGAGUGCCUUGCUGGAGGUGUGGGUGACUUUCCAGCAGCAGUGGAUUUUUCUGAAUAAAGUUCUGCAUGAGAUGAAGAUCGAGUUUCCUAGUUCUGACCUGAACUCCCGGUUCAAGGCCACAGACGAUCAGUAUCGGACCCUGAUGCAGAUCUCUGUAGAUGACCCCUGGGUUCUGUCACUUAUCGUGCCCAGUGUCAAGCGGAGCCCUCAUUUCCAAGGCCAGCAGCUGCAACAGCUGCUUCAGGCAGGCUCCGUGGAGCUGGAGGGCAUCAUUAUGGCCCUGAAGAGUGUGCUCUAUCGGGUGUGCGCUCAUUUCCCCCGCCUCUUCUUCCUCAGCGACAGCGAGCUGGUGGCCCUGCUGGCUGCCCCCCUGGAGUCCUGCGAGGCCCAGCUAUGGGUACGGCGCUGCUUUCCUCAUGUGCACGCUGUGAGCUUCACGUCCAGACCACUUGAUGAAAAGGUGGAUGACCGGGAGGCAAGCCCAAACGCAUUGACUUGGGUGGAGGCGCUGGCAGUGCUAGGGGCAGGCGGCGAGGAGGUGAAGCUGCCGAGGUCCAUUCCUCUGCAUUCAGAUCUCCCCAAGUGGCUGGCCUCUCUGGAGAAGUGCCUGCGUCGGGCCCUGGUACACAAGUUGCAGGGUUGUGUGGCUUCCCGCCUCACUCUGGGCCCAUCGCUAGAUGAGGCCUCUAAGCAGCUGCCCCAGGAAAGCCAGCUGGCCCCACAGCUGUUUGCCCACCACUGGCUACACAUAGUCCAGGCCUUCCCGUGGCAGUGUGUGCUGGUGGCAGAGGAGGUCGUAUGGCGGGCAGAGAUGGAGGAGGCUCUGCUGGAGGGGAAGACCCCUGCCAUGGUCCGCGUGCAUGUGUGCAAGCUUGAGGCACUGGUGAAUUUUAUACGGGCCCAGAGGGCCUCCCAGGGUGAGCAGCCCCUGGGCUCUGUCCGCCAGGCCAGCCUGCUCAGUGCCCUGCUGGCCAUGGCAGUGACUCACCGGGAUAUAGCACAGCUGCUGCAGGAGCACCAGGUCAGUGAUCUGACAGAUUUCCACUGGGCUCGCCAACUCAAAUAUCACCUGGGCUCACCUCAUGUCAUCCCCCAGAGUCCCCUGCAGAGUCUCAAGACUAUCGCAUCUGCUGUGACUUCUCCGUCGCCAGCUGCAUGCUGGAUAGACGUUCUUGGCCGGUCCUUCCUGUACAAUUAUGAGUACCUGGGUCCCAGAUUGGGGUCUCUGCCCAGCCUGCUGCCUGAGCGGCCAGCCCUGGUACUGUUGCUGGCCUUGGAGGAGGUGGCCUGUGGGACUCUACUGGGCCCUGAUGGAAUAGGCAAGGCAACCACAGUGAAGAGCCUAGCACGGGCCCUGGGGCGCCAGCUGGUGACAAUGCCUUGCCUGCCUCAGAUAGAGGCCCAGAGCCUAAGCAACUACCUGAAUGGUGCCUUGCAGGGUGGUGCCUGGCUGCUGUUGGAAGCGGCUCAGCGCCUGCCCCUUGGCUUGCUGUCUGCCCUGGGCCAGCGUCUGGCUGAACUGCACCACCUCUAUGCCCCACUGUACCAGGCGGCCUCCCGAAGCCCCAGCACUGUUGACCCCACACAACCCCAGCUCCUCGGCAGUGGCUUCUUUGAGAAACACCACGUAUACAUACGCCUUGGCUACGGCUCUCUCCUGACACUGCGUUCCCUGAGCCCUGCUGUGCCUGCCAACCUGCACUUGCUUCUGCGGCCUGUGGCCUUGACACUGCCUGACCUUCAGCAAGUGGCAGAGCUGACCCUGCUAGGUGCAGGGAUGCGGGAUGCCUCCCGCAUGGCUUCCCGCUUAUCUAAAUUCUUCUCCCUAGAGCUUGAGCUGGUGUCGGCACCCCUGCCCUGCCGUUUGCCUCUGCUCCAGCAAAUACUGGAAGACAUGAUACAGAAUUUAAAUGUGACCAAGGAGGAGCCCAGGUCCCAGCAGCCCUACAGCCUGGCUGUGACCGAAGAGGCUGCCCUCCUGCGUGCUCUGCUACGCUCGCCACUGUUCAGCACCCUCAGUGGUCUCCACCUGCACAACCUCCAAGAGCUGCUCUGUGGGCUUUUCCCUAAUGCCAGGCAGGUGCUUGCAGAGCCUGAGGCAUACACGCCAAGGAAGCCAUUGCUGGUGGAGGAAUUGCUGCAGAUAGGCAUUCAUCCCAGCCCUGAUAUUUUGGGGUCCCUAGAGCAGCUGAGCCAGGCUCUGGGCCGGGCUUUGGGUAUUAUACUCCUGGGCCCCGCAGGCAGUGGCAAGACCACUUGCUGGCACAGCUUAUUUAAGAUCCAGAAUCAGCUGGCGGCCAGGGAGGAUGCCUCAACCCAGGGCUGCCAGCCGGUGGAAGUCACGCACCUAUAUCCCAAUGUCCUCAGCCCCCAGGAGUUCCUGGGAUGGCUAGAGGGCCCCUGCUGGCACCAUGGUGUCUUCCCUAGGCUGCUGCGUGCAGCCAGCAUGUAUAAGACUGUGGGCCUGAGGGGGCCACCACAGGAAUCAGUGGGGAUCCAGCACUGGAUAGUAUGUGAUGGGGUAGCCAAUGCCUCUUGGCUGGACCCCAUCACUUGCCUCCUGAAAGAUGCCUCCCAGCUCAGCCUCCCCAGUGGUCAGCAGAUAGCACGACCCCCAGGUACUUUUCUCCUGAUGGAGGUGGGAGAUGCAACAGGCAUGUCCCCCACAGUGGUGAGUCAAUGUGCCCUGGUCUGGUGUGGUGGGGAGCAGACAUGGCAGGGGAUGCUUAGCGUUCUGAUGGCAGCCCUGCCGCACGAGUACCACCUGCAUCUUCACACGGUCGCUGAGCUCAACCACCUGGCCGAAGUGCUGGUGCCAGCAACGUUCCAAUUCCUCACCUGCCAGGGUGCCAGCUCUCUGCUGCAUGUUCACGGGCAGCGGGCUCUUUGUCCAGGUGUGGCUGAAGUCACCAGUCUGGCCCGUAUCUUGCGUUGUCUGCUUGACCCCCACCUGAGGAUAGAUGAGGGGGAGAAGGCACACAUCUCAGAAGACCUCAGCUUUAGCGAUCCUGUGGCCCAAAGCUUCAAGUCCUCAAAAAGCAGCUCUCUGAACCCGUCCCAGGUUGAUAAUGAUGAUGCACCUAAUCAGCGCAAGAAACAUUUGCUGGCUGUCAGCAGCUUUCUUUUUGCAUUGAUCUGGGGCUUUGGAGCCCACCUGCCCUCCAGGCUCUGGCCCCUCUUUGAUACCUUCUUGAGGGGUUCUAUUAGCUGCCUCUCCAACUAUCCUGAGCCACCGCCUUCAGCCUUGGUGUUUGAUCUACAUGUGUGUCCUGAUAAUGGGACAUUGGUCCCCUUCACUGGCCAUUACCUGGGGAGCCGCAUCAGGGGAACUCUGGGAGCCUUCAGCCCUUCUCCACAGACUGAACGGCUCUUGUAUGUGGUGGACCUGCUUCUGUCAGAAGGACACCCAGUGCUUCUGGCUGGAGAGGCGGCGACCGGGAAGUCCACCUUUGUGGAGGUGCUCGUGGAGCCACAUCAUCCCUAUGUGUGCAGCCCCAUCCACCCUGCCUUCACUCCCAUCCACCUACGCCUGCUGCUGAGUCGAGGGGUCCAGGGCCAAGCACAGACUGCCCCGUGGCCUGGGCACCACCUGGAUUCUAAAGGCUCCCUCCUCUUCCUGCUGGAGGAUCUACACCUGGCUGCUUCUGACCCCGGGAAGAGCUGCCAGCCAGUGUUGGAGACUCUGCGCCAGGCCGUAGAUGGCACGGUGUAUGGCCACAGCACCUUGGAAUUGCAGACCCUGCAGCCUGUAGUCAACUUCCUUGCCACCGCCACAGUGCCAGGCUUCUGUGAGCGCCCACUGUGUCCACGCCUCUUUCGACUCUUCACAGUGCUGGCCCUGGGGAGUGUGACCCAGGCCAUGCUGCUGAGCAGGCACACACCAAGCAUCCAGGCCUGGCUUGAGCGCUUUCCCUCUGUGGAACGGGAGGUGGUUCUAGCAAAAGCCCUCGUCCAGGCCUCGCUGGAGGCCUGGGAGGCGGUGGGCAGCUGCUUUCUGCCCUCCCCCCUCCACCCACAUUACCGCUUCUCCCUGCACUCUGUGAGCCAACUCCUGGGUAGCUUGCAGUUGCUGCCCACCAGGAUGGGCUCCCGGGGCUUUCUGGACUGUCCCAGCCAUCAGGAGCACUUGCGCCGGGUGUCGGGCCUGCGUGGCACCCGCCUGAUGAUUAUGAUGGCCAUGCGCAACAUGGUGCGUCUCUGGUUGCACGAGGCCCAGAGAACCUUCUGUGACCGACUGGACAGCCCCAGGGAACGCUCCUACUGUGCCAAGCUGCUCCUAGGAGUAGCUCAGAGUGUCUUCUGCUGUGGACCAGCACCCCAGAACGGGGGCAAGGGCUCUGAGGAGGAGGAGGAGGAAGAGGAGGAAGAAAGAGUGCCUGAAGUGGAAUCUGAAGGAGAGCUGGCCCAGUGGGAGGACUUAAUAAGCAACAGCGGCAGUGAGACAGAGGAGGAGGAGGACCCUUACAGCCUGGAUGUCACCACCAGCUCACCCUCCGGUGAUUCAGGUCGAGCACCUUCCAUAGUACCAGUAAAGAGGGAGACCAUAGAAACCCUAAGUCCAAAGAUGAGCCAGGAGGAGGGCACAAAGGCUUCUGGCUACAAACUCCAGUUAAACAGAAGCAAGAUUUGGUGGCAGAAAACAGCCCAGAUGGACCUGGCCACACCCCUUCUGCUACCAGUGCUACUACUGCGCCCCCAGGAAAAGCCCUCAGACCUGGUCUUCAGUCAGGAGCUAACACUAGGGUCCAGCUCUGAGAGCCCCAACUUGUACCUGGAACGGCAAUGGGAGAGCCUAGAGGAGCAGCUGUCCACUUCAGCUGCUCAGCUGAAGCUGAGCACCCACCUGGCCCGGUGCCACACCAUGGCCAAGCACGUGGCCCGCCUGGUCCGGGUGCUGGCCAGGCCCCGGCAGCAUGGCCUGUUGCUCUCCAGGGCUCUGGGUACAGGGCGCCGUACGGCCAUCUCUCUGGCAGCUAGCAUUUACCAGGCCCGCCUCUUCCAUCUGCCAUCUGGCUCAGAGGAGGCCAUUCUCCAGUGCCUCCGGGAUGCCAGCUGGCAUGCUGGAAUGUUAGGCCAGCCAGUGGCCCUGCUGGUGCCCAAGGGUGUGGAUCUCACUACCCUUCAUCGUCUGCUAGCCCUGGCAACCUGGGGCAGUUUCCCUGACCAGUAUACAGAGGCAGAUCUGGACAGCAUUGAAGAACAUCUCCCCAGAGAAAACCUUAGUGUCAAGCAGAACAUCAAAAAGGAAACGCUGUUGCAGAGGUUCUAUCAGCAAGUCUGCAACCACCUGCACAUGUUCAUCCUGAUUGGAGAUGACCAGAUCCACGGGGAGCUGCCCUCCACCCUUUUCCUGAGGCUUCUUCAACUGGCCAUUGCUAGCAUUGACCGCUAUGAACCGUGGGACCAAGAUUCCCUCAUCAGUGUGGUCCGGUACUACCUGGAAGGUGCUCAGAAUGUAUCCACUGAUGACUCUCUGAAGUGCCCAGACCUCCAGGCGUCAAUUCCCAGGGUGGCUAAAGCCAUGGCUCUCAUUCACCUUUCGGCUGUCAGCUAUUAUGGACACCUAUGCCCCGAGUUGCCACUCGUCACCCCCAAGACUUUCCUAGACUUUCUGGACACCUUCACACUGCUGCAGCAACAGAUGACUCUGCAGAUUAAGAACAAGUUCCAGCGAAUCCAGAAUGCCUUGGGUCAUCUGAGAAUGAUUAUCAAGAAGCACAAUACCUACACCAACUUUGUCUUCAACUUAGAACAGCUGCUGAAAACCUCCUGCAAGAAUGUGACCACACUUCAGCAGCAGCUACAGAAAGGCCGGCUGCUCAUCAAGCAGCAGCUGGCAGAGUGUCAGCAGCAGGAGAACCUCAUUGAGACCCUGACCAAGCAGCGGGAUAACCUGCGGGCUCAGCACGAGGCUUUCCUGGAGCAGAUGGGUAAGGCCUUCCUGGGACCUCUGAGCCAGCUGCAGGUGGCUGACUUUGAGGAGAUACGGAGCUAUCGAGCACCACCAGAAUCAGUGGUCCAAGUGACCAAUGCACUGUGCGACCUGUUCCACUGUGAGACAGGCUGGGCCAGUGCCAAGCAACUCUUAUGCACCGAGGAUUUUUACCAGGAGCUGGUGUUCUUCCCUAAGGAGAAGAUGACAGACUCAGAGAUGAUAAAGCUAACCCAAGCUCUGAAUGCUCCAGGGAUGAGUGAUGCAGCUCUGCGGGCAGUAAGCAUACCCGCAGCAAACCUGGCCGCCUGGCUCUGGGCUGUUCUGCGCUACGGGCUGGCCCAGCGCCGAGGACUACCCACGGGCCUGCUUCUGCGGCAGAUAGAGGCCACACUGGCUCGGGAGCAGGCCCACCUGGGCCGCUGCCAGUUCCAGGCCCAGGAGACCCUAGAGCACAAUUUGGAUCUGGCCAAGACACUGGAAGAGGCCCGGGCUUCAAGCAACCAGAUGAUAGAGAACCUCAAUCAGGCUCAGUGUGGCCAGUACCACAAGUGGCCCAUCAAGGCUGCACUGCUCACACCCGUGCACUCCUGGACUACAGAGCUCCAGAAGUUGAAGGGGCACUGCCUGACUGUGUUCGGAGACGCCCUCAUGUGUUCAGCUGCUAUCAUCUACCUGGGUCCUUUCCCGCCGGUGCGGCGCCAGGAGCUACUAGACAAGUGGCUGGCUCUGUGUAGGGGCUUUCAGGAGCCCCUGGGUCCAGAUGAUGUGGCACAGGCAUGGAAGCAGAUGCAGAAAUCUGUCGUCAUGCCACCAAAGAACCCCCUGCUCUCCAUACGCUCUCCCUUCAGCCUUCUGUCCUUGCUGAGCUCUGAAUCUGAACAGCUCCAGUGGGACCGAGACCUGAAGCCCCAGGCAAAGUCAGCCCGCCUGGCAGGCCUGCUUCUGAGAAGCAACACCCACUACUCCAGUUGCCGAUGGCCUCUAGUGCUUGACCCCGACAACCAGGCCCUCAUCUGGCUGAACCCGCUGCCUCAGCAAGAGACUAGAUCCUUGGUCCCAGACCCCACUGAGCACAGAGAGAAGGGCUUUGUGAGAAAUCAAGAAGAAGAAGAGGCCACGGAAGAGGAAGAUGACAGUAGUGAAGGGUGUGAUAAGGCUAAGAACAAGACAAAAGAGCAGAAGACACAGGACAGGGAAAAUGAGGAAGAGAGAGAAAAGGAAGAGGAGCAAGAGCAGGAGGAGGAGGAGACCGAGAGGCAGGAGUCAAGGCCAGCCUCUGAGACUGGGUCUCUGCCCCUUCCCAACCUUCAUGUGCUCUCAGGUGCUGACCCAGAGCUGGGUCCUCAGCUCCGGGAGGCAGCUGCCAAUGGCCUGCCCGUGCUACUGACCAAUAUGGAGCUGGGCCUAGGGUGCCAAGAACUGCAAUGGCUACUGCAGCGGGAGGAGCUGAGCCAUCCCCAGGUGCAGCCUGGCUUCUGUCUCUAUCUGAGCACUACUGUCCCCCUCAGUGCCUUGAAAAAAGUGCUAGGUUAUGAACUGCUGAAGAGGAUGAAUGUGCUGGAUCUAAGCCUCAACAUGGAUACCCUGGAAGACCAGAUGCUGCAUGAAAUCUUGUGUGCAGAGUGUCCCGAGCUCAAGAACCGUUGGGAGGACCUAAAGACCAGAGCCCUGGACAGCUGUGAAUCUGUGAAGGCUGCUGAGGUGCCCGGGGGUCCUGGUUAUGGGUGGGCAUGAGCUUUAGAGGGGCCCAGGUACGGGGGCAGAGAUGAGUGUGGAUGGUUGCAGACUUCGUGGGAAAGGGUC